AACCCCCUCCACUGCUCCACACAUCUCACAAGUCUCACAACUCCCAUCCCUUAUUUUUCUCUCUCUCUCCUCCCUCUUUCUCUGCACAAAUGUCCAGAAUUUCAAGCAACCAUCCAUGAAUUAUUUUCUUCUCUCCCAUCUCACUCCUCACUAACAAUCACCACCAAACACCUUUUUCUUCACAAAACUCGAUUCAUCCCAACAAAUAACAAUGGAGGAAGAAUUAAUCAAACGUAACACUGAUUGUGUCUAUUUCUUAGCCUCUCCUUUCACAUGCAAGAAGGGUGUAGAGUGUGAGUAUCGGCAUAGUGAUAUGGCGAGGUUGAACCCACGGGAUUGUUGGUAUUGGUUGUCUGGGAAUUGCCUCAAUCCGACUUGUGCGUUUCGCCACCCGCCCUUGGAACUACAUAACGAAGGAUCAACUGAAGCUGCUCCGGAUCUGCUGAAUCAGUCUUCCAUGCCUGCAACAAAGACCACAGUUCCAUGCUACUACUACUACCAGGGAUUUUGCAGCAAAGGUGACCAAUGUCCUUUUCGUCAUGAACCUGCUAAUGCUUUUGGUUGGAAAUCAAAGAUGGUCAAUGCAGUUGCUGAUGCACCAAUGGCUUCCUUCGAUUGUAAGGCAUCUGGGAGAGCUGAUGUAGCGCCUGUAGCUGCUGACAAGGAUUCAAUUCUAUCAGAAAUAGCAAUGACGGGCAACAGACUGCAGGUUGAGCAGAAACAACAGGCUCAACAAUCAGCUACUGAAUUUAUUCCAGAACCAAAUACAUCAGAACCAACCUAUAUUCAACAAUGUGAAGAGACAGCCGCUGUCAAAACAAUGUUCUUGCCUGCAGAAGGCUCCAUCAAAAGUGAGCGUGACCUUAGCUUUGAUUCUGACCAGAAUUCAGAGGAGCUAAUUGGUGGCAACAUGGUGCAAGAUGAGUUGUGGGAAUCAUCUCCAGGUUUUGACGUUCUUGUGGAUGGGCAGACUGAAGAUAUGGUUUAUGAGGAUGAUCCAGAUUGCUUACAUGCCCUUGAUGGGGAUGAUGGGGACUGUGAACGCCUGUUUAUUCCCCAUGGUGUUGCCCGUCAGACUCACUAUGAUGAAAGAGGGUUCUUUGACAAUGGCUUAUAUGAGCCAUCUGACUUUGUUGAAGAAAACCUGAGAAACGAUCUUCGUGAAUAUUCUUCGAGGCACACACGGGACAGAAAAGCAAGACGCCUUGUGGCACACACAAGAAAUUCUUUCUCUGUGGAAUCACCAGUUGGUGCGUGCUAUGAUGUAGAUCUACGUGAUUAUCUGCGGAAACGGAGGAUGGAUGAUGAUUAUAUGGAUACACGUGACUUGAGGCAUAACAUCUUGACUCACGUAGGAGAAGGGAGGCAGGAGAGGCUUCAAAGGCAUGCUUCACUUCGAAGAUUACCCGGAAGGAUAGCUUCAAAAGUGGAAAGAUAUGGUGCUAGAUUGCCUAGGAGAAGGAAUUAUGUAGUUGAUGCUGAACAGCGAGGCAGACCUAGGAACUCACAGCAUGAUGGGUACAGGCAGUAUAACGGGAUGCAAUCACGGCAAUAUAUGAGUGAACGAAGGUCAACCUCGAAGAGAGAGAGAUAUGCUGAGGAGUCCAAAUUUCACAGACCCAAGAGCUUUGCUGGGAUCAAAGAAGAUCGGACACCUGGUCAUUUCAACAAAAAUGGAUCGGUGGACUUCGAAGGUCCCAAACCUUUGAGUGAAAUCCUUAAAGACAAGAAGAAAACAUCCUCUUCUGCUGAUUCAUGAGCCAUUGACCUUUUUCUGUCAAUGAUAGGUGAGCUUGCUGAUCUGAAGGUUGUUAAGUUGACAAUGUCGGCUUCAAACUUCAAUAUCUGGAUUAGGAUUUCUUUUUGACAUUUCACUAUGGUAUGCUAUAUUCUGGCCAUGUCUCUAGCAAAUAGCUUACUCUUUUUUUCAGUCUUCUGUAUUUUGGGGUCUGGAGGUGUUUGUGGUUGCCUGUAUGUCUAUUUGGCAGCAUUUUUUUCGCCUCUUUUUCUACAGGUUCAGAUUUCUGAAUAUCCUUUACUCCAUUAGAUGCUUCACCAGCUUUGGCAGUCUCAUUACUUAUUUGUGGAGCUGCUUGGUUUGCUUAUAAGGUACAAUCCUGUAAAUAAGCUAAAGUCAGAGUUUUUCUUUUGCACUUAUGGAAGUGAGAAAAAUGAAUCACUUGGUGGUGGUUCUAUAUAUAAGGUACUUUUUACUG